AUGGAUCAAUAUAGAUGGUACUAUGUUGCAAACGCCACGCAACGUCUUCGGGCAAUUAUCGAACAAAAUCAGUACAAGGUCGGAACCGGCUUCGCUGCGACACAUUACCUUGGCCUCGGUCUCUCUGCGGUUAACGCGACAGAUACAUUCUAUGGCAUGAUACAGCAAGAGGAAGUUCCCGGUUGGCUGUAUCAAGUGAAAAUGGGCGGCACAACUACAUGGGAGAGAUGGGACAGUAUGCUCCCAGAUGGUAAGAUUAAUCCUGGCGACAUGACAUCUUUUAAUCACUAUGCCUACGGCAGUGUUGCCGAUUGGAUGCAUAAGACAAUUGGCGGCAUCUCGCCAGCAGCUCCGGGAUACAAAAGAAUCAGCAUCGCACCCAUUCCUGGAGGUAUGCUCACCAACGCCGCCUGCUCCCUGUACACCCAGUAUGGCCUGGUCUCAGCCGAAUGGUGGCUUGAGUCUAGCAAUUUUCGGUUGCAAGUCACUAUCCCUCCGAAUACUGUCGCAACGAUCACGAUUCCAGCAGUGGGGAGCAAAGCUGGAAGAACGACAGAGGUGGGAAGUGGAACUUAUACAUUCUAA